CAAGAUUACAGUACUAACUAAUAAUUAACAAGCUUAAAAUUGACAAGACUAAAAUUAACAAACUAAUAAUUAACAAGCUAAUAAUUGACAACAUGACAAGCUUAGCUCUCUAAUAAUUAACAAACUAAUAAUUGACAAGAUUAAAAUUUGUACAAGCAUUAGGUUCACAUUUCAUCAAAAACCCAACAACAUUAACAAAAGGUUCAAAGUUAGUAUUUUUUUUUUAAAAAAAAAACUUAGAAAAUAAUUUAUUUAUUUUUUUUUUUUAAAACAUAAAAAAUAUUUUGGGCCCUGGUGAGUCAUUUGACCCACCAGGCAUAAGGCCAAGUCCGCCAAUGUGUCCGAGGCACGCUAGCAGGGGUCAAGCAUGCAGCUAGGGUCAUGAAGCCAGUGGGUUCAGGUUCAAUCCUUUGCACCGCGAGCAUAACUGGGAUUUUAGGCGGAUUUGGACCACACCCGUAUUCCAUAUCAAAGUUUACAAUACCCGGGUUAGUAAGGUCAUUGGCUAGUGAACUAUGCAAAUAUGGGGUUAGGAUUAAUUGCAUAUCCCCAAGUACAGUUGCAACUCCAUUGGUAAUGGAAAAUUUUAAGAAAAUAUAUCCAAAGGCAACAAAUGAACAAAUAAAAGAAAUAAUUGGUGGAUUAGAGGAAUUUAGUGGGACUCAAUGUGAAGAAAUUGAUAUUGCAAAAGCAGCUUUGUAUUUGGGCUCUGAUGAUGCUAAGUAUGUGACUGGCCAUAAUCUUGCUGUGGAUGGUGGCACCACUUGUUUUAAGUCUCUUACUUUACCAUCUCCUGAUCAAUUUGUGUAAUAACUUAAUAAAAGCAUCAUUGUUAUUUUAGUAAUUGAAUCUCUAUUUUUGUAUAAUGUUUCUAUUUUGACAUACUUUUGUGUAUCACAAUAAUUAAAUAGGCAAGUGUUAAUAAGAAGUUUAUAUC